ACUUCACAUUUGAACACCCACCACAAUACUCAUAGUUACUACGUUUUCCAAAAUUCUUUGAGAAAAAAAACUCCAAAGAAGGCAAAACAAUGGCAUCAAACGCUUGCAAACUCCUUUGCCUUGUUCUAGUCUUCGCAUUCAUCAACCAAGGGUAUGGGGACUGUCAUCUAAAUUACCUAUCUGUGAAACAAUCGAAGACCGGAAAAAUGAUUGAGAACAAACCGGAGUGGGAAGUGAGAGUGACGAACCCUUGUAUUAGGUGCAAAUUCCAGUACACAAAGUUGUUAUGUGUCGGUUUCAAAUCGGUCACACCCGUCCCUACCUCGUUGUUGUCGAAAACAGGAGACAUUUGUCUCCUCAACGCCGGUAAUUUCAUCUUCCCGCACGUGGACUUCGUUUUCAAAUACGUAUGGGACACCAGCUUCGACCUCAAGGUCAUCGACGGCGUCAUCGUUUGCCCUUAAAUUUAAUUUCUACCCGUCUUUUUCGGUUUGAUUCGGUUUUGUUUCAUGUUUGUUUUGUUGUUCCUUCGGUAUAUGAAACUGAUGAUACUUACCUAACUGUUGUCCU